AUGAGCGCCCCCGCAUCCAACGACGGAGCUCCCCCAGGCGCAAUAAACGUCUCCUCCCUCUCCGUCCCACAGCUCCGCGCCCUGCAAUCCCGCCUAACCACCGAACUCGAACACCUAACAACCUCGCACACGAAGCUCCGCGCCGCGCAGACCAAGUUCCAAGACUGCGUGCGCUCGAUCAACGAUGGCGUCAAGGGGUCGCAGCGAAAGGGGACAGAUGGGAAGGAUGAGAUUCUGGUGCCGUUGACAAGUUCGUUGUAUGUUAAGGGGAAAUUGGCGGAUCGGGAGAAAGUACUUGUUGAUGUCGGGACAGGGUUUUAUGUUGAGAAGGUGGGGUUUCACUCGUGUGCUUUGCGGGUUGAUUUGGUAUGGCUGACUUGUGGACAGACUACGGCAAAGGCGACUGAGUUCUAUAAUACCAAGAUUAAGGGUUUGGAGAACAAUCUGAAAGAUUUGGCUAAGGUGGUGCAAGGAAAGGACGUGCAAUUGAGGGCUAUUGAGGAUGUCCUAAGGCAGAAGGUUCUCAGUGGUGAGGCCACCCCGGCAAACACUGGAUAA